CCCCUGCCCUCCUCUCUCGACCUCGUCCUCCACUCCUUCCCCCCAUCUUCUCCUCUGUUUCUCUCUCUCUCGCCCUCCCGGAAGCUCGAAGUCCACCGAAGCUUCCUGAAGCUUCCAUGGUGGACGAGCGGCCGAGCUCCGAUGCCCCGGCGGGCGAGAAAUCCGGUGAGGCCGGCGGCAGCCCGCCGUCGCCGCCUCCUGCGGCGAAGAGCUCCCCGCCGGCCGAUCCUGGCCCUCAUGCUACUCCCGCCGCGAAGGAAUCCGGCUCGGAGUCCGUGGAAGCGCCGGAUUCCACGGCUGGGGAGAAUCCAGGGGCGGUGGGCGCCGACGGGCGGUCGUUCUCGCAGCUGCUCGCCGGGGCCAUGUCAUCGCCGGUGGGGAGCCCCCGCUCGACGCCGAUCAUCGCCGUGCCUGUCGAUGCCCUGCGGCUCCCGGUGGUUGCUGUACCUUGCUUCCUGGCCCCUGCCGCGCUGCUCGAGUCGCCGCGAUUCUCGGGGCAAUUUGCAAUGACCCAUCAAGCAGCCCUGGCGACUGUGACAGCUCAAGCACAGAUGCAGCUGCAAGCAGCAUAUCCUUCUUCUUCAUCAGAAUUAGCGUCAACUUCAGUUUCCCAGCCUAUGUUGUCUACAAUUAGCCCUGUGCCAUUGCAACAGAGGCCUUCAGCAGUCCCUGAGGAUAGUGUCUGUACACCAGAGACAGAGCAACUGCCUUCUGUCCAGAAACCUCAAUCUGCUCAUGUUGUUGUAAAGACAACUACCAGUGAUGGGUACAACUGGCGGAAAUAUGGUCAGAAGCAGGUGAAAAGUAGUGACAGUUUUCGAAGCUACUACAAAUGCACAAAUACCAAUUGUUUAGCUAAGAAGAAGGUCGAGCAUUGUCCUGAUGGUCGGAUUGUUGAAAUUAUUUACAGAGGCCAACACAACCAUGACCCUCCUCAAAAGCCUAGAUACUCAAAAGAGAGAGGAGCUCAGUCUGGUGGAACUACUGGAGAGAAUGAAAGCUUAGAGCUUCCAAGCAGUGAACUUAAUGAAUCUGAACCUUCAACAUGUAAACCAGAACAGAUUUCUGGCAAUGAGACCCCUGCACAACAGCUCUACUGUUCAAGUGAUUGUGAAGGCGAUGCUGGGAUUAAGACUGAAGAAGGUAUUGGUGAGGAACCGGAUCCAAAGCGCAGGCUCAGUGAAAGCACUAUGAAUUUUUCAACACCAGUACUUAGAACGGUGAGGGAACCCAAAAUUGUUGUGCAGACUGCAUGUGAUGUGGGGCAUGGAAGUGAUGGCUAUAGGUGGCGUAAGUAUGGACAGAAAAUUGUCAAGGGAAAUCCCAAUCCCAGAAGCUACUAUAGAUGCACGCAUAAUGGAUGUCCUGUUCGUAAGCAUGUUGAGAGGUCUUCAGAUGAUGCAAAAGCUAUUGUUAUAACUUAUGAGGGUAAACAUAACCAUGACCAGCCAACCCCCAAAAAUAGCAGCGAUUCACCAGCUGCUGCUCUUGUUACUGCUGCAACGGCAGAUACUGGUGAACAACUGAAUACAUCUGAUAUGUUAUUAGAUCAAAAACCGUCGAAAGAAACACAAGAUGUAGGUGGAGACUUGGAUGGUGAGAGAGCAGUAGAGGUUGGAGGUGAAAAGGCAUUGGAAUCUGCUCAAACCCUUCUAAGCAUUGGUUUGAACUCAGCAUCCGGGGAGGCCAACAGAACUAAUUCUGAGGGUGUGAAACACCCGCUUUUUAGUGAAAAUGCUGCAGCAGUACCAGUCCAAAACUCUUGAAUCAACAAGUUUGAUUAAAUUUUGAUGUAUGUUCUUUAUUUGCCGUUAUUGUCAACUUCAGUUUUAUUUGCUUCUGUAUAGUCUGGUAGUGGCAUCCCUGAUCUAAGAUUAUAGACAUUUCCAUCAUAGUAUUAUCAGUUCAUAAAGAGCAGACUGAUUGCAGUUAUUAAGCACGCUUUCCAUGCCCGUAUAGAUUUCCAUGCCUGUAUACUUGUAAUAGAAACCGGAUCGAUAGGCAUGACCAACUUAUAAAGACAAUUGGUUAUUAUUAAUCAUAAUAAGUGUGUUGAUGGUUAGGACUGUCA